AAUCAUCCUUACCUGUGUUGUAAUCGUAUUUGUGUGUGUAAAUAGAUAGGGUUUCGAUUGAUUGAUUUCAACAACCAAAAAAAAAACCGAAAAAAAAAAUUCUUCAUUAACAUUCAUUCUUCUUCUUGGUUCGAACGAUGAUGUAAUACUCAACCAUUUCUAUCUUGCUCAUUUUGUGUUGUUUUUGUUUGUUUCGCUUUCAAUUAUCAUCAAAUUGUUCUAUUCAGUGUGUGUGUUUAGUCCAAAACAAAUUUUCUUCAAAUUCUUUUGAAAAUUGAUUUCGAAAAAAACGAAAAAACAAUGGAAAAUUGGAAUCUAGAUUGUCCAAUCGAUUCGAAUGAUUCAUAUGAAUGUCGUAAUAUUUUAGAAUCUUUCCGUAAACAAACAAUAAAAGCUUAUGAUAUAAAAUCAUUAUUGGAAGAACGUUAUGCUAUCCUUUCCGGUGGCCGAGAUAUACGUGGUGGACCUAUUAUAUUUUUUCCAUCACGUCAACCAUCAAUGGAAAAAUUUAAUAUUGAAAAUUUGAAAAUAAUACUCAAUUAUUUUGCAUCGAUACCUAGUGAUGAAUCAAAAGCAUUAGAAUUUUGUGUUAUAAUCGAUAUGCGUGGUUCAACAUGGUCAACAGUCAAACCAAUACUGAAAGUAUUGGAUGAAAAUUUCCCAAUAAAAAUUCAUACAACAUAUAUUAUAAAACCGGAUAAUUUUUGGCAAAAACAACGUACAUCAUUAGGUACGACAAAAUAUAAAUUUGAAACCGUACUUAUAUCGGUCGAAUCAUUGGCAAAAUAUAUACAAUUAAAUCAAUUAACAAAUGAUAUUGAAAAUGGUAGCUAUCCAUAUGAUCAUAUUAAUUGGAUACAAUCACGUAUUGUUAUUGAACAAUUUAUGGAACGUAUUGCAAAAGUUUAUUGUAUAAUGCUUGGUAUGAAAGAAGAAUUGAAAAAGAUAACAUUUUCAAAUGAUAGUCAAAUAAUUAAUAAUAUUAUUGAUGAACAUAAAAUGAUGAAGAAAAAAAUAUCGGAAAUACCUGUUGAAGAUGUUGAUCUUGAAGUACAACAAUUAUUAGCAAAAUUAAGUUAUUUUAUGCAUGAUACAAAUAUGAUACAUCUGAAAAAUUCAACAAUGAUUAUGAUGAAAUCAUUAUCAUAUAAUCGUGAAUGGAUUAAUAAUAAAUAUUUUAAUCCAGAUAUUGAAACAGCUAUUUCAAGAAUAUUUCAAAUUGUAAAUGAAAUUCAUCAUUGUAGACAAAAUCUUUUACGGCUUUGGAAUCAAAAACGUAUAAAAUAUGAACAACAUUUACAAUUAUUAUUGUAUGAAUCGGAUGCAAAUAAAAUGCUAGACUGGUUACGUAAUAAUAAAGAAAUAUUUAUGCGUAGUUUUAUUAUUAUUGGUACAACAUUAUCGGAUAUAAAAGAAUUGCAAGAAAAACAUGGUGAAUUUGCAAAUGCAUCCGUUAAUGUUUAUGUUAAUAUAACCAAAUUACAACAUGUUGCAAGUAAUAUGAUUGAAAAUGGUCAUACAUCAGUACAGCUAAUACAACAAAUAACCGGACAAUUAGAUUGUUCAUGGAAAGAAUUUGCAUCAAUUUUAGAUCAAAGAAAUUUAUUAUUAUCAAUUGCAUUAGCAUUUUAUAAUAAUGUUGAAGAAUAUACACAACAAUUGAAAAAUUUUUCAACAUUUUGUGAUAAUCAUCAAAAUCUUUUUCAUCAUCAUUCAUCAUCAUCAUCUUCGUCACCAUCAUCAUCUCAAUCUUCAUCAUUGACAACACAGCCAUCAUCAUCGACAACAACAACAAAUGUAUUAUAUCAACAACAACAACAACAAGUAAAUGAAUUGGAAACAUUAGUGAAAAAAAUGCAAUCAUUUUAUGAAAAAAUUCUCUAUCUUUAUAAUGAAUGUCAUUCAAGUAGUAAGAAAUUAAUUACACAGCUAGAACAUUUAUAUAAAAAAUAUUCGGGUGAUAUACAGGCUAGUCAUCAUCAUAAUCAUCAACAAAAAGAUACAUUUUUACAUCAAUUUUAUCGUGAUUAUAAUGAUAGUAUGACAAAUAUUAUGUCAUUAUUACAAACAUUAUUAAUUAAUCAACAAAAUAUUGAUUCAAUGUGGCAUUAUCGUAAAAUAAAAUUACAUCAACGAUUAGCAUUAGCAUUGUUUCAGGAUGAUGUACGACAAGUAUUGGAUUGGAUUAAUCAACAUGGUAAUGGAUUUCUGAAUAAAAAUCCUGGUAUUGGUAAAAAUUAUUCAAAAGCAAAAAUUCUACAAAAAAGUCAUAAUCAUUUUGAAACUGUUGCACAAAAUACUUAUACAAAUGCUGAAAAAUUAUUAGCAGCAGCUGAAGAAUUAGCACGAACUGGUGAAUGUAAUGCUGAUGAAAUAUCGGAAGUUGCACGACAAUUACAAUCAAAUAUAUCAACAUUUGCAAAACGUGUUGAAAAUCGUCGUACAAUAUUAAAUUUAGCUGUUUCCUUUUAUACAUUGGAAAAAGAUAUUAAUAAUUAUGUUUCAGAGCUAAGAAAUCAAGUAAAUGGUACACCAUUAGAUAUGCCUGAAAAUAAAGAUUUAAUUGAAAAAAUUAUAAAUAAUUUUUUAAUGCAACGAAAAUCUGUUCAUACAUUAAUAACGAAUGCAAUUGGUAAAGGACAAUUAUUAUUGAAUGAAUUAAAAAAUUAUUCAUCAUUUCAUCAGGAAAAUUAUGAUUAUUCUGAAGAAUCAUUUCAUUCAUUAUCAUCAUCAAUACAAACAAUACAAUUAUCAUGUGAUAAAUUGAGAAAUUUAAUACAAGAAUUUGAAGAUUUAUGGAAUAAUCAACAAUAUAAACAUGAAAUUUGUUUAAAAAUACGUCUGUUUGAAUCCGAAUCAAUGAAUAUUACAUCACAAUUGGAUAUUUGGAUUGAAAAUAUACAAAGUUCAAUUUAUAUUGAUGAAUCUAAACAACAACAACAACAACAAUUAUCAUCUGCGACGACAACAACAACAAUUGGUGAUCUACAACAAUUAGAAUCAAAAUUAACUGGUUUAAAUGAAAAAUUUACCCAAUUACAAUCAAUAAUAUUUGAAUCAAUUCAUUAUGGACAAGAAUUGGAUCAACUUUUGGAUUCAUGUUCAUUUCGUUUGAUUGUUAAUAAAGGUAAUAAUAAUAAUGGUAAUGAACAAACUGGACAUGAUUUAGUAAAAAAAAUAACAACAUUUUUACAAGAAAAAAUUAUUGAUCUUGAAGAUAUAUAUGAUGUAAGAAGAAAACAAUUAGAACAAAUAAUACAAUUUGGUCAUUUUCAAUUAAAUGCUGAACAAAUAUUCAAUUGGAUAAGGAAUGGUGAUUCAAUGUUGAAAAGUUCAUUUUAUAUACCAACAUCAUUAAAAACAGCAGAACAAUUACGAUCAGAUCAUGAACAAUUUCAGGAUGCAAUUGAAAAAACACAUUGUCGUGCAAUUUAUUUACAUCAAAAAGCAGAUUCAUUAAUCAAUAAUGGUCAUUAUAAUUCACAAACAAUCGAACAAAUAUCAAAUGAAUUAUCAAAAAGAUGGCAAAAUUUAAUGACACAUGCUGAAGAUCGUCAUAAAUUAGUGCUGGCAUCAAUAAAUUUUUUCAAAACAAUUGAACAAGUUUGUUCCGUAGUGAAUAGUUUACAAAAUGAAUAUAAACAUGAUGAAGAUUUUUGUGGUGCAAAUCGUUUAACAAUUAUAACAAUGGAUUUAAUACAAAAAAAUCAAGAUAAUAAUGAUGAAUAUCUAUUAACCUGUCAGAUUGGUAAACAUCAUGAACAAAAAGAAGCAUUUUUAAAAGCAUGUACACAUGCAAGAAGAAAUGCUGAAAAUUUUCUUAAAUAUAUACAACGUUGUAUACAAUAUUAUUCAUUAUCAACAUCAAUGAAUAAUAAUCAUCAUUCAAAUCAAACAUAUACGAAUGCUGAAAAUCGUAUUAAAACAAUAAUGGAUGAUUUAUUAAUACAAGAAAAUCGUGUUUUAGAAUAUUGGGCAGAGAAAAAGAAACGUUUGGAUCAUUGUAAACAAUAUAUUUUAGUUGAACAUAGUUCAAAACAAGCAUUGAAAUGGAUAAAUGAAAAUGGUUUAAUAUUUAUACAAUCAAAACAAUCAAUAAUCGAUAAUAAUAAUGAUGAAUUGAAUCAAGAAAAAUUUGAACAAAUUUGUUUAGAAUUUAAUAAUUUUCAACAUUAUCUAUUGGAAUGUCGUGAAAAAGUAUCAUUAUUAUCACAAUUAUCACAAAACCUAAUACAAAAACGUCAUACACAUGAAUUGGCGAUAAAAAAAUGGGUACAAUUUGUUGAACAAUCAUAUAAAGAUUUUUAUAAACAAUUGGAUCAAUUUCAAUAUCGAUUGAAUGAAAAACGUAAAUUGUUUAAUAUUGAAUCAGCUGCUGCUGCUGCUGCUGCCGCAGCGUCUUCAUCCUCGUCCUCAUCGACAUCGACAACAAAUCUAGUCAAAGAUAAUAAUCAUAUUGGUCAAUCAAAUGACGCAAGUGUUAGUGUACGAAAAUCAAUACAAAAAAAAGAUUAUAUAAUGGAAGAAUUAUUACGUACUGAACGUUCUUAUGUUGAAGAUCUGAAACUUUGUAUUGAUACUUAUUUAAAAGAAUUUCGUUUAGCUAAUUUACAUCAAAAUUUACCACAAUUUUUACAAGGAAAAGAAAGACAUUUAUUUGGUAAUAUUGAACAAAUUUAUAAAUUUCAUAAGCAAAUAUUUUUAAGAGAAUUAGAAAAAUAUGAACAAAUACCGGAAGAUAUUGGUCAUUGUUUUGUAACAUGGUCAUCAUCAUUUGAUAUUUAUGUUGAAUAUUGUAAAAAUAAGCCGGAUUCAAAUUUGCUAUUGGUUCAAUAUCAAGGUGGAUUUUUUGAUGAUAUUAAACAACGUUAUUCAAUUUUACAUCCAAUCGAUGCUUAUCUAAUUAAACCAGUACAACGUAUAACAAAAUAUCAAUUAUUAUUGAAAGAUUUAUUAAGCUGUACGGAUUUGGAUCAAGAAGGUGAACUAAAAGAUGGUUUAGAUGUUAUGUUGAAUGUACCGAAAAAAGCAAAUGAUGCUAUGCAUUUUUCAAUGCUUGAAGGUUAUGAUAUAACACCGGAUCAAUUGGGUGAAGUCAUCCUUCAAGAUUUAAUGACUGUUUUUGAUUCAAAAUCUUUGUUUAAAAAAGGACGUGAAAGAAGAAUAUUUUUAUUUGAAAAAUUAUUAAUAUUUUCAAAAGAAAUUCGUGAUUCUGGUGGUAAAUCAAGAUAUCAAUAUAAAAAUAAAUUAAUGACACAUGAAAUAAAUAUUAAUGAAAAUUUAGAUGAUUCUGAAUUGAAAUUUUCCCUUUGGACUGGGAAAUUAUCAUCAAUGUCUGAUUAUAAAAUAACAUUAAAAACAUCAACAUUAGAAAUGAAACAAAAUUGGAUUAGAAAAUUGAAUCAAUUGAAAACGGAUACAUUUUUAUAUUCAACAUUUUUAAAAUCCAAAUCGAAUCAACAAAAAUUAUUGAAUUCCUCGACAGCAUCGAAUAAUCGAUCAAGCCGUGAUUUUAGUGAUGAAUGUAUGAUGGGUGAUCAACAACAGCAAAAACAUUUACCACCAAUGCCACCAACAUCAUCAUCAUCAUCAUUAUCAAUGAUGACCGAUGAAAAUACAUCAUUAAUAUCAACAACAACAACAACAACAACAAAUUCUUCGGGUUAUAAAACUGAUACAAGCAGUGUCGGUAGUAGUUGUACAAAUGAAAAGAUAAUCAUUGAUUAUGCAUGGAUAAAAGAAGAUUUUAAUGAGGAAAAAAUAUCAACAUUAUUAUCAUCAUCAUCAUUAUAUGAUUAUCCACAACAAUGGCCAUUUUUAUCUGUAAAAAUUGGACAAAAAGUUGAAAUUAUUGAACAACAACAACAACCGAUCAAACAUCAAUCAUCAUCGAUAUUUGGUGAUUUUUGUCUUGUAAAAAUUAUUCAAAAUAACGAAUUCAAUGAUCAACGACAGCAACAACAAUUUGAAGAAUUUCAACAACAACAAGGUCUUGUACCAUACAAUAUAUUACGAUUUCCAUUACAAAAACAUCAACAACAAUCAAUAUUAUCAUCGACAACAUCGAUGACGACAAUGAUAAAUAAUCAUCAAUCACAACAACAACAACAACAACGUCCAACGAUUAUAUCAACAACAACAUUGGUUUCUCAAUCAAUAUCAUCAAACGAAUCAUCACCAAUAACAACAACGGCUAUUGAAGGUAAAUAUUGUUAUUUUUUUUGAGGAUGGGAGGGGGUUAUCAUUGAUCUAUUUAUUGUUGAGAAGUUUUUUUUCGGUAUUUAAAUUUUUUCGUUUACAAUCAACAACAACAAUGUUUUGAUGAUAUGAUUACCAUCAUUCAAUGGCAU